AAACAACGAAAGUUCAUAUCAUUUCUAGUGCUUCGUAGAUUUCUAAUUAAUUUCUUGUUACUUUAAUUGAGAAAAAAAUGGCUAAGGUAAUUAAAUUCUUUGAGUUGAACACUGGGGCCACGAUCCCUUCCCUUGGGUUGGGUACUUGGCAAGCUGACCCUGGUGUUGUAGCCAAAGCUGUCACCACUGCGAUUCAGGUUGGAUACAGGCAUAUUGAUUGUGCUGAAGCCUAUAAAAAUCAAUCAGAGAUUGGUUCUGCCCUUAAGAAGCUUUUUGAUGAUGGUGUGGUAAAGCGUGAGGAUUUAUGGAUCACUUCCAAACUCUGGUGUACGGAUCAUGCUCCAGAGGAUGUGCCAAAGGCAUUGGAUAAAACAUUGCAGGAUUUGCAACUUGAUUACCUUGACCUCUAUUUGAUCCACUGGCCAGUCCGCAUGAAAAAGGGAUCUAAUGGAUUCAAGAAAGAGUAUUUAGAACAACCAGACAUACCAAGCACAUGGAGAGCAAUGGAGGCACUCUUUGACUCAGGCAAGGCUAGAGCCAUAGGAGUGAGCAAUUUCUCUUCGAAGAAGCUUCAAGAUCUGUUGGAUGUAGCAAGAGUGCCUCCUGCUGUAAACCAAGUGGAACUGCACCCAGGAUGGCAGCAACCAAAGUUGCAUGCAUUCUGUGAAUCCAAAGGAAUUCAUCUAUCUGGAUACUCUCCACUAGGCUCCCCAGGAGUUCUCAAAAGUGACAUUCUUAAGAAUCCUAUUGUCAAGGAGGUUGCAGAUGAACUGGGGAAGACACCAGCACAAGUUGCCCUUAGGUGGGGCCUGCAAUUAGGUCAUAGUGUACUUCCUAAGAGCACUAAUGAGACUAGGAUCAAGGAAAAUUUUGAUGUCUUUGACUGGUCCAUUCCAGAAGACCUUAUAGCGAAGUUUUCUAAAAUUAAUCAGGAAAGGUUAGUUAAGGGUGAUUUUUUUGUUCACGAGACUUAUGGUGCCUAUAGAACAACUGAAGACCUCUGGGAUGGUGAACUCUGAGCAAUAUGCAUCAUUGAGAUAUUGACAAAUACACUGCUUCUAGUGCAAGAUUGAUUCUGCUUUUUUAUCUAUUAUUGCCAUCUUAAAGCCACAAGUUGUAGUGAUUGGAGUACAUUGAGAUUUUGUGAAGUGUUGGUAUUGAUGGUAACACAAAAUAAGUAGCCAAGACUUAUAUUUCAUCUAUAAUUAUUGUAUCUUUUCUUCAAUAUAAUAAAAUGAGUGCAGUGAAUUUGUCAGGUCUAGUGGCCAAAGUAAAUUGAUAUUCAUAUUCAUAUGGUAAUUAAUGUCAAUAUUGUGUUUAUAAUUAUGUGGUGUACUUGAUUUUCGAAUGUAAAAUGCGAAGGGAAAGCUUAAAAUAGAUGAAUGAAUGGAAGCCGAUGAAGUUUUGU